AUGGCGGCUGCGGGGCCGGCGGUCCCGGAGAGCCGAGUGCUGGGUUACACCCUGCACCGCUGGAGCAGCUUCUCCUCCACUUACCUGCCCGAGAAUAUCUUGGUGGAUAAGCCCAAUGAUCAGUCUUCAAGAUGGUCUUCAGAAAGCAAUUAUCCUCCCCAGUAUUUGAUUCUGAAACUUGAAAGACCUGCCAUAGUCCAGAGUAUCACAUUUGGCAAGUAUGAGAAAACGCACGUCUGCAAUUUAAAGAAGUUUAAAGUCUUUGGUGGGAUGAAUGAGGAAAACAUGACAGAUCUGUUAUCCAGUGGCUUAAAGAAUGAUUAUAACAAAGAAACAUUCACCUUGAAGCAUAAAAUUGAUGAACAGAUGUUCCCCUGUCGAUUCAUUAAGAUAGUUCCGCUCUUAUCCUGGGGACCUAGCUUCAAUUUUAGUAUCUGGUAUGUUGAACUUAAUGGCAUUGAUGAACCAGAUGUGGUCCAGCCGUGCCUCAACUGGUACAGCAAGUACCGUGAACAGGAAGCCAUUCGCCUUUGCCUAAAGCAUUUUCGUCAGCACAACUACACCGAAGCUUUUGAGUCACUGCAGAAGAAAACCAAGAUUGCUCUGGAGCACCCUAUGUUGACAGACCUGCAUGACAAGCUGGUGUUGAAAGGCGACUUUGAUGCUUGUGAAGAACUGAUAGAAAAAGCUGUGAAUGAUGGCUUAUUCAAUCAGUAUAUCAGUCAACAAGAAUAUAAACCUCGCUGGGGGCAGAUCAUCCCCAAGAGCACCAAAGGUGAUGGAGAAGACAGCCGACCAGGGAUGAGAGGGGGCCAUCAGAUGGUCAUAGAUGUUCAGACAGAAACUGUUUAUCUGUUUGGUGGCUGGGAUGGAACUCAGGAUCUGGCUGACUUCUGGGCAUACAGUGUGAAGGAAAACCAGUGGACCUGUAUAUCCAGGGAUACUGAGAAAGAGAGUGGCCCUAGCGCCAGGUCUUGUCACAAGAUGUGCAUUGACAUUCAGCGGAGGCAGAUCUACACGCUGGGACGCUAUCUGGAUUCCUCUGUGAGGAACAGCAAGUCUUUGAAAAGUGACUUUUAUCGCUAUGACAUUGACACAAACACGUGGAUGCUACUAAGUGAAGACACUGCAGCAGAUGGAGGUCCGAAACUGGUGUUUGAUCAUCAGAUGUGUAUGGAUUCUGAAAAACACAUGAUCUACACCUUUGGAGGCAGAAUUCUGACCUGCAAUGGCAGCGUUGAUGACAGCAGAGCCAGUGAACCACAGUUCAGUGGAUUGUUUGCUUUUGACUGCCAGUGUCAGACAUGGAAACUUCUGAGAGAGGAUUCCUGCAAUGCUGGGCCUGAGGAUAUCCAGUCUCGAAUAGGACAUUGUAUGUUGUUCCACUCUAAAAAUCGCUGCCUGUAUGUAUUUGGUGGACAGAGAUCAAAGACUUAUUUGAAUGACUUCUUCAGUUAUGAUGUUGACAGCGAUCACGUGGAUAUCAUUUCAGAUGGCACUAAGAAAGAUUCAGGGAUGGUUCCAAUGACAGGUUUCACUCAAAGGGCUACCAUUGAUCCAGAACUGAAUGAAAUCCAUGUCUUGUCAGGACUCAGUAAAGACAAGGAGAAGCGGGAAGAGAACGUAAGGAAUUCCUUCUGGAUUUAUGACAUUGUGAGGAACAGCUGGUCUUGUGUCUACAAGAAUGACCAAGCAGCAAAAGAGAAUCCAGGUAAAAGCCUUCAAGAAGAGGAGCCCUGCCCAAGGUUUGCUCAUCAGCUGGUGUACGACGAGCUGCACAAGGUUCAUUACUUAUUUGGAGGGAAUCCUGGGAAGUCCUGCUCUCCAAAGAUGAGAUUAGAUGAUUUCUGGUCUCUGAAGCUCUGUCGACCUUCGAAGGAAUACCUGCUAAGGCACUGCAAAUACCUCAUAAGGAAGCACAGGUUUGAAGAAAAAGCUCAGACUGACCCUCUGAGUGCACUGAAGUACCUGCAAAAUGAUUUGUAUGUAACCGUGGAUCACUCAGACCCCGAGGAGACAAAAGAGUUUCAGCUUCUUGCCUCAGCAUUAUUUAAGUCUGGCUCGGAUUUCACCACUCUUGGAUUUUCAGACGUUGACCACACGUAUGCGCAGAGAACUCAGCUGUUUGACACACUGGUCAACUUCUUUCCAGACAACAUGACCCCUCCUAAAGGCAACCUGGUGGACCUCAUCAUGCUGUAAAACGGAGCAAUCACUGGACACGUGGAAGAGGGGAAAAGCAUCCAUUUUCAGUAUUUUAAUUUUUUUACUGCAUUGAUUGACUGCUGGGAUGAAGUAACACAGUUAACCCCUCGGUGUUUGGAAGGGGUUUUAUACUUGUAUGGUGAAUCCCUGAAGCUUUUCCCUUGGAGUAGGUUAAUAAAAUGUAACUGAUGUACUUCUGACUAAAUAUAUAUAUAUUUUUUCUGACUUUGGAUUUUGAGUUAGCAAAUGUAAGCUGAAAAUGUGGGGGGAAAGAAGAAAAAAAUAAAACCCAAUCAUGCAGCAAUUGUUUUUUUGCCUCUAGAGGAAAAUUGGUAUUUGUCUGGAAUUGAAGAUGAUGGGUUUUAUUUCGGGUUUGAUGCAAAAGCGGGGGGAAGGUUGUUCUUUGCUCAUUUGUAGCUAGUCAUGACUUAUUGCUUUAUCCUACAACUUCAUCCUCAGCAGCUGAAUUACUUGGUGGCAGGACACAGGCACGCGUUGAGGUAAUAGUUCUGUAUGUGUCUUGAGUCUUGUAAUCACAGUGUGUCAUGUGAAGGGGAGCACGUGUUACAAAU